AUGAUGAAGGUAGUGGAGAAAUGCAUCGGCAGUGCCUUCUCUGUUAGCGCUAUCCCUGUACUGAAGGACAACUAUACAUACAUCAUUCAUGAUAAAACCACAAAUACACUGGCGGCUGUGGAUGUCUCGGGCGAUCUCACACCUGUUUUGGAUUACAUUAAACACUUAACAAGUGAGAUGAACACUCACAAUAAUAAUAAUAAUAAUAAUAAUAAUAAUAAUAAUAAUAAUAAUAAAGUAUCACCCGAAUUUCGAACAAUUCUCAGUACGCAUAAACACUGGGAUCACACCGAUGGAAAUACAAAACUCCCCCAGCGUGUACAGACAAAUGGUCCAUUUCGUAUUGUGGGUGGAGUGAAUGAUCAUGUGCCUGGAGCCACACAAACAGUGCGAGAGGGAGACACAUUAAUGAUUGGAGCCCUGCAAGUGGAAGUAUUGGAUACUCCCUGCCAUACAAAAGGACAUGUGAUGUAUAAAGUAUAUUAUCCACAAGCCAAGAAUGAUGGAUGUGCGCUCUUUACAGGAGAUACAAUGUUUAUUGGGGGAAUAGGGGCAUUCUUUGAGGGAAAUGCGGCAGAGAUGUGUCGGGCUUUAGAGAAAGUGUAUCAUCUGAAUAGUAAGAAUAACAGUGAAGAGGCGGAUCAACAUACCUUUAUUUUUCCUGGUCAUGAAUAUACAACGAAAUUCCUUGAAUUUACAUGUGCGACUUUAUCCGCUUCUCAUCCCGAUGCGAAGUUUACCGCAGCACAAUUGGAACGAUAUAAGAAGAGUGUUGCUCAACACACACCAACAGUGCCGAGUACACUUGCAGAGGAGAAGCGGCAGAAUUUAUUUUUGCGAACAUGUGAUGAGAAAUUUGUUCGGGAAAUGAAACAUGGUAGUACUUCAGAGGCACUCAUGCAAUAUUUGUAUGAUACCUGUCCUUAA